GCCGUGUCCAUGCGAUGCGAUGUGAUGCCAUACCAAUUCCAAUCCGCCUCUGGACCGCCAUCACCACUAACUACCAUCAAUUGAAUCCUACCUCUGACCGAGACGACGACUAGCCUUCGGCGUGCAACCGAGGCGAAGGGAGCCUUUCGCCCUUCCGGCGUCCGCCAUGUGGCGCGACCGCACUAAUCUCUAUAUCUCGUACCGGCAGUCCUACGCCCACCACCCGACCCAGCGCAACCGAUAUGCCCCUCAGAACCCAGGCGACCGCUUCGGCGGGACUUCCGGCGGGGCUGGCAGCAGCACGGGCGUCCUCUUCUCUGCCGACGAUGACCGGCGCGGCCUCUUAUCCGCGGGGGCCUACGAUGUCGACGACGGCGAUGCGGUGAUCGAGAUGGACCUGCUUCCGCCUCGGUGGGCGGAUUCGUCGGACGAAGUGGCGGAGCUGCUGGCCGACAUCGCCCGCAAGAGCCAGAAGCUGGAGCGGUUGCAUCAGAAGCACGUACUGCCGGGGUUUGACGACGACGAGGCUAAGAGGGACCAGGAACGUGAGAUAGAGCAGCUCACGCAGUCCAUCACCAAGGGGUUCCACGACUGCCACCGCGUCAUCCAGCGCAUCGAGCAGAUGGUGCGCGAGGGCAAACACAAUGGCCAGAUGAGUCGCGCCGACGAGGUCAUGGCCAAGAACAUACAAAUCAACCUGGCCACGAGAGUCCAGGAGGCCAGCGCCAACUUUCGAAAAAAGCAGAGCGCAUAUCUAAAGAAGCUAAGAGGCAUGAGCGGCCUUGCCAGUCCAACCCUCGACCGAGUCUCAACCACCUCUUCUUUCCUGGGCCCAAGCGGCCUCCCGCCCGGCAACAGCUCCAACAGCGCCUCCAUUCUCGAAUCCGACGCCGACCGGGUCUUCUCCCAGUCGACUCUACAAGCGUCAACGCAUCAGAAGCUGCUUCACAGCAACGACCAGGCGAUUUCGCAGCGCGAGCGCGAAAUUGACGAAAUUGCCCAGGGCAUCAUCGACCUGUCCGAUCUGUUCAGGGAUCUGCAGACCAUGGUCAUUGACCAGGGUACGAUGCUGGACCGGAUCGAUUACAACGUGGAGCGGAUGGCGACGGACGUGAAGGAGGCGGCCAAGGAGUUGACGGUUGCGUCCGGGUACCAGAAGAAGACGACCAAGAGGAAGAUUAUACUUCUGUUGUUGAUUUUGAUAGCGGGUAUGAUUAUUUUGCUGGUUAUCAAGCCGAAGAAACAUGGAGGUUGAAGAGAGUGGGGAGAGACAUAAAAGGGACGAACUUCAAGAUGUUAUGUGUGGGACGAUCGAGUUGAUGGGCGGACGGGUAACCAAGACCACUACACGGUACAGCGAAAGGGGUGGGUGAGCCGCGGAGAGACGGAAACAGCAAGUAGUAAUGUAAUAAAAAUGGGGGAGAGCGUCAAGAAGGGAUUCCAGGAACCUAUUUGUACGACAACUAUAUAAAUGUCAACAUUCGGGGUUAUGGGGACUGACGUAUGAGGACCACUGCCCCUUCAUCUC